CACCAUCCGCUCCCCAAAUCAAAAGAAUGAGAGAGAGAAUCAGACUCAGUUGCCAUCGUUAGCAUUCAAAAUUUGGAAUCGGAAGAGGGGUAGUUACCGUAGUAGCAGAAGCUGACAGAUCUCUGGCCCGGAGGUGUGAGGCGAUAGAAGACAGAUAUGCUGCCCACCGUCUCAAAAGGGCGCUCGCCCUCCAGCGUUCGCCACAACCCUGUGUUCCCUCAGUACCUGAGGAGAAUCGUUAAGUGGCAACAAAUGGAUAUUGAAUACACUUUCUGGCAAAUGCUCCAUCUCUGUACCUCACCAAAAGUUGUCUAUCAGCAUACUAAGUUCCAUAAGCAAACCAAGAACCAGUGGGCACGGGAUGAUCCUGCUUUUGCUGUAAUAUGUAGUCUACUCUUGGUAGUUGCAACUUCAGCUUAUUGUGUAGCGUAUGAUCAUAGUGUGGCUCAUGCUGUUUUCACAGUUAUAUCAGUCCUGGUUUUUCAUUUCUUCAUAACUGGAGUACUACUGGCAACAUGUUGUUGGUUCCUGACAAAUUCUUAUCUUCGUGAGGAGGUUGCAAACAGUCAUGCAGUUGAGCAGCGGGUUGAAUGGCUGUAUGCAUUUGAUGUGCACUGCAACUCUUUCUUCCCACUGUUCGUCAUGCUUUACGUGAUCCAAUAUUUUUUAUCUCCUCUCUUGGUUGCACAUGGUUUCUUCCCGGUGUUGCUAUCAAAUUUGCUUUUCAUGGUAGCCGUCUCUUAUUACAACUACCUCAAUUUUUUAGGAUAUGAUGUACUGCCCUUUUUGGAGAAAACUACCUUCUUCUUGUACCCGAUUAGUCUUAUCAUUCUCCUUUCCCCUCUCUUGAUUCUCAGUGGCUUCAACCCUACAAGAUAUGUUAUGAGCAUCUAUUUCAGUUAGCAGCUUUGAUGUCAUUGUUGCCCCAACAAAGCAUAUUUGCCAGAGGUAGCUGACAGAAGUGACUUAUAAACAGAGGGAGUAUGGAGUUGGUUUGCUUUGAUGGGGAUUUUUUAGAUUCUUUUACAUGU